GCCACAAAAGCGGAAUUUAGCUAAACCCUGUCACGAGGACUAUCUGGAUAGAAAGCUCACCCACCAACAGGGACGCCGAGUCCAGCGUUAGUUAGAGGGGACAUUAUUGAUGCGUAGUGCCAUGAAUUUCAAAAACUGCGGCUCUGUGCUGGUAACGGGGGCCAGCCGGGGGCUCGGGCUGCAGAUUGUAGACAGUCUGGCGAGUGGAGGUUUCUCGCCGGGCAAGAUUAUAGCCACGGCCAGAAACCCCGCGAGCGCGCAGAAACUUCAGGAACUGGCAGACAAACAUCCCAACGUCCAUAUAAUUACUUUGGAUGUAGUGAGCCAGGAGAGCAUAGAGAAUUGUGCAGAAGAGGUGGGACAGCUGGUACAAGAAGAGGGUCUGAACUGCCUAAUAAACAAUGCAGGGAUCAAUGUGGUGGCCGACUUUCAUUCAGUUACUGCAGAGAAGAUGAUAGAAAACUUCCACACCAAUGCUGUGGCUCCUCUAAUGAUCACCAAGGCCUUCCUGCCUCUGUUAAAGAAAGCCGCGGCAAGAGGAGAAGCAGGUGGCUCAGGGAGCAUGGGCAUCCAGAGGGCAGCAGUUAUUAACAUAACUUCUCUGCUGGGCUCUGUGGAGCUGAACUGGGGGGAGAGAGCAAACAACUUCAAAUGGUACCCCUACAGGACGUCCAAGAGUGCCCUAAACAUGGUGAGUCGCUGUAUGGCUGUAGACCUGGAGCCUGAUGGGAUUCUCUGUAUGGCUAUACACCCAGGCUGGGUCCGCACUGACAUGGGGGGGUCUGAGGCUCCACUGAAUGCAGAGGAGAGCGUUUCUUCCAUCUUGUUUGUGAUUGGUGGACUGACUGGAAAGGAUCAUGGGUCAUUUCUGAACUUUACAGGAGAGGUGCUGCCCUGGUGAUGCUGAUCAUCACAGGAAUGAGUAGGAUGAUUCCGAGCACUAUUAACUUAUCGCUAUAUAGUAAAUCAUGAUCAUCUUUGACUAUGCAAACUUGAAUGUAUCAGUUGCUCAGAGUGCACAGUGUUAUUUCUUAAUCUAACACUAUCUAAAAGAAGAAAUCUUUUAUAUCUCACCUCGGUGCAACUAAAAUACAGGAGAGCAAUAGUGUUCAAUUAGUUGUAAAGAGAGGACGUUAAUGUGUUCAUAAGUAGAUGGGUGGGGUAUGCUGUGCAGCUUGUCUUUUAGACUACAUAAUGUACGUUACAUACAGUAUGCUACAUCUAAGCUGUGUUAUAAUGUAAAUAAAAUUUUACGUUCCCUUGAUCUAAUAGCACUACCACACUGAAUUGUCAUUGGCCACAAAAUUGCCCUGUUUAAUACAAGCGUUUAGUUCUAAACCAACUCCUGCUGUCCUGUUCUCUUAUUUUAUUGUCAGUCACUAGACUGCAUGAAAAAUGAGAACAUUGUCCAAUUAAUUUUGCCCAUUAAUUUUGCCCUUGAAAUUUUGCCCUUGAAAUUGCAUUGAAAUUUUACGUUCCCUUGAUCUAAUAGCAUUACCACACUGAAUUGUCAUUGGCCACAAAAUUGCCCUGUUUAAUACAAGCGUUUAGUUCUAAACCAACUCCUGCUGUCCUGUUCUCUUAUUUUAUUGUCAGUCACUAGACUGCAUGAAAAAUGAGAACAUUGUCCAAUUAAUUUUGCCCUUGAAAUUGCAUUUCAUUGGGUUGUGCAUGUUUGCUUGCGUGUUUGUUUUGGAGGGGAGUUUAUGUGUUUUGAAAAGCCCCCUCUCAGAAGCUUAAAAGAAAGAAAAACAAUGAUCCAUCCUUACUGAAUUUCUUCUCUAUGGUCCGACUUUGAGUCCUUUUAUAAAAAAAAAACAAAACAUCAAUCAGACACUCAUGAAAGUUACUUAAACGCUAAAAUAUUCUUACCAGUGUUAUUAACAUACACUAUUCAUUUUCAUCAGUUUGCAGACAGUUCUGUCCUAUGCCCAUAAGUCCUUCCCAUAAGUCCCUCUUUCACAGCUUAGAUGAUAUUAAUGCCUGGAUGUCUCAAAGCUUUCUGCAGAUAAAUAGAAAUAAAACAUGUGCUUUGUUACCGAUAAUAAGAACAUAACAGACACUUCUAGCAUUAAAGAAAAAGAAGAAGAGGCUUUAACUACAGUAAAUUCUGUUUUAUGUAUUUUAUUAUUUAUUUUAUUUUUCCUCCCUCUUUCCCCUACACUAUUUUAAUUAUAUUUUAUCUGUAUAUCGUAUCUCUGUAUCCUUAUUGUAAUCUCCUUAUUCUCUUAGUCUUACUAUGUUUUCUUAGUUUGGAUCCUGUGAUGCACUCUGUUGACUUUGUGUUAUAAAAUGUGCUACAUAAAUAAAGCAAUGAUUAUUACAUGGAUAUUCCUCCUCUUAGGUUUUAGGGUGAACUUUGACUAACAAAAGAAACCAGGAAAUUUUUUUUCAAAAUGUUUUUCUUCCUAAUUCUUGGAGUAGCAAGUUUGGGUUAUUUAAUUGUUUGUUUGUCAUUCACCAAGGUGACUUGGCAUUAUGCUGUUUCUGUUGAAGGCACUUUUUAGGAUUAUUUUCUCUUUUCCAUUGUCUGCCUCCCUUUCACCAGGCAGUCCUACAAAACAAAAGGUGAUGAGUCUGCAAGAUAAUGACGACAAUUAAAAGCUUUUAGGGCAAAUGCCAUUUAUAGUCAUGAUCCUGUCUUAGUGCCACUGUAGCUGUUACAGUUGGAGAGAUACAAGAGCAUUGAAUGUGAGUCAUUGUCAGUUUAUAACACCUGUAUCCACAGCUGCUUUGGUAACAGUUAAAUGAUAAAGAGCUAUUGAACAGAGCAGACCUGAAGUUGACUGUGCAACUUAGAAAAUGAACAUACUGAAUGUAUCAAAACUCUAUGCAAAGUAUAUUUAACAGCUAAUGAACUAAACUUAUUGGAUGCAUUCAUUACUUAAAAUGCUAUGGAAAUAUUGACCAUGGUAUAUAGCAGAGAAACAUGAUAGUUUAGGCAGGAUUCAGUGCAAGACAGUAGAAGUUCCUGUGGUACCUGGUGGCAAAGUCAUGGCUUAUCACCAACACACACACAAAUCCAAUGAUUUGAAAUAUGUUUUAAUACCUUUUCUCUCUGUGGAAGUUGUCCGACCUGAACAUUUGGUAUACAGGCUUGCAGAGGAACCUUUAAGAGGAAGAGAGCUGGGGAUCAGACAAGUUGUUUUGUUUCUGUGAAAUUUGAAGAGCUCACAGAAUGGAUUUAUAGCACAGGAAAAUGUGUGCAUUCCUGAAGAGAAAGAUGAGCUGAAUUUCUGUUACUCUCUACAGAGGUAUGUAUAGACCA